CGAUGUUGGCUUGCAAAUUAUAUCGGGUCAUCUCUGAAAAAUGUCUGCCGCAUCGUAAACGUUUUGCAAGAGAAACCGGAAAAUUGUUUAAAAUCCACGAAAAAGUGCUUGAAAUUGAUCGAUUAGUGUCGCAUGCAAUUGAGCGAUGUCUAUACCGCCGUAUAUGAUUCCGCCAAAUGCCUGGGCCGCCCAGCUGAUGGCCCAGCAGCAGGCGUACGCGGCGGCCCAUGCACAGCAGGCCCAGCUGCAUGCGCAGCAGCAGAUGGCCAACCAGAUACAGCAAAUACCACCACCGGGUGCCCCAUUGCCGACGUCGGGACAUGCCAAUGGCAUACCGGUGCCGGCAGUGGGCGUGCCCCAGCCACAGCUGGGACAAAUACCCACACCAAAACCAGAUAUUCUCACCGAGGAGAAACUGCAGGAGAAGGCGCUUAAGUGGCAGCACUUGCAGUCGAAACGUUUUGCCGAGAAACGCAAAUUCGGCUUUAUUGACACACAGAAAGAGGACAUGCCGCCAGAGCAUAUACGCAAGAUUAUACGCGAUCAUGGUGACAUGACCUCACGCAAAUAUCGCCACGACAAGCGUGUCUAUCUGGGCGCACUCAAAUACAUGCCACAUGCAGUGCUUAAGCUGCUCGAGAACAUGCCCAUGCCGUGGGAGCAGAUACGGGAUGUGCAGGUGCUGUAUCACAUAACAGGCGCCAUUACCUUUGUCAAUGAGAUACCCUGGGUCAUCGAGCCGGUUUACAUUGCGCAGUGGGGCACCAUGUGGAUUAUGAUGCGUCGUGAGAAGCGCGACCGUCGCCACUUUAAGCGUAUGCGUUUUCCGCCAUUCGACGAUGAGGAGCCGCCGCUAGACUAUGCGGACAACGUUUUGGAUGUGGAGCCGCUGGAGGCCAUACAAAUCGAGCUGGACAACGAUGAAGAUAAUGCUGUCUACAAAUGGUUCUAUGAUCAUCGACCACUAGUAGAUACGCCGUUUGUGAAUGGCUCCACUUAUCGCAAGUGGAAUCUGUCCCUGCCCCAGCUGGCAACGCUUUACCGUCUGGCCAAUCAGCUGCUCACCGACUUGGUCGACAAUAAUUUCUUUUAUCUAUUUGAUCCAAAGAGCUUCUUCACAGCCAAAGCACUGAACAUGGCCAUACCCGGUGGCCCCAAGUUUGAGCCGCUUAUUAAGGAUCAUAAUGUUGGUGACGAGGACUGGAAUGAGUUCAAUGAUAUAAACAAGGUUAUUAUUAGGCAGCCCAUACGCACCGAGUAUCGCAUUGCGUUUCCAUACCUGUACAACAAUAUGCCGCACUUUGUGCAUCUGAGCUGGUACCACACGCCCAACGUGGUCUACAUCAAGACCGAAGAUCCUGACUUGCCUGCCUUUUACUUUGAUCCACUUAUCAACCCCAUUUCACAUCGCAAUGCUAAUUCUAAAAUACAAGAACCUAUGCCUGAAGACGAUGAGGACUUUACGCUGCCCGAUGAUGUGCAGCCUUUUCUCCAGGAUACGCCGCUCUAUACAGAUAAUACAGCCAAUGGCAUUGCGCUGUUAUGGGCACCGCGUCCGUUUAAUAUGCGUUCGGGUCGUUCGCGCCGUGCCAUUGAUGUGCCGCUGGUCAAGUGCUGGUACAAGGAGCAUUGCCCACCUGGUCACCCGGUCAAGGUGCGCGUCAGCUACCAGAAGCUGUUGAAAUACUAUGUGCUCAAUGCUCUGAAACAUCGCAAACCGAAGCCACAAAAGAAGCGCUAUUUGUUCCGUUCAUUCAAGGCGACCAAGUUUUUCCAGACGACCACACUGGACUGGGUGGAAGCUGGCUUGCAAGUGUGUCGCCAGGGCUAUAAUAUGCUUAAUCUGCUUAUUCAUCGUAAGAAUCUAAACUACCUGCAUUUGGACUAUAAUUUCAACUUGAAGCCGGUCAAGACGCUGACCACCAAAGAGCGUAAAAAAUCGCGUUUCGGCAAUGCUUUCCAUUUGUGCCGCGAGAUUCUACGUCUAACCAAACUCAUCAUCGACUCGCAUGUACAGUAUCGCCUCAACAAUGUGGACGCCUUUCAGCUAGCUGACGGCCUACAGUACAUCUUUGCGCAUGUGGGCCAACUGACGGGCAUGUAUCGCUACAAGUACAAGCUGAUGCGACAGAUACGCAUGUGCAAGGACUUGAAGCAUCUAAUCUACUAUCGCUUCAAUACGGGACCUGUGGGCAAGGGUCCGGGCUGUGGCUUCUGGGCACCUGGCUGGCGUGUUUGGUUGUUCUUUAUGCGUGGCAUAACUCCACUGCUGGAACGUUGGCUGGGCAACUUGUUGUCACGUCAAUUCGAGGGUCGUCAUUCCAAGGGCGUGGCCAAAACGGUGACCAAACAACGUGUCGAAUCCCAUUUCGAUUUGGAGCUGCGUGCCUCGGUCAUGCACGAUAUUGUGGACAUGAUGCCCGAGGGCAUUAAGCAAAACAAGGCGCGUACCAUACUCCAGCAUUUGUCGGAGGCCUGGCGCUGCUGGAAGGCCAAUAUACCUUGGAAGGUGCCCGGUCUGCCCAUACCCAUAGAGAACAUGAUUCUGCGCUAUGUCAAAAUGAAAGCCGACUGGUGGACAAAUACGGCGCACUACAAUCGCGAGCGUAUACGCCGUGGUGCCACCGUGGACAAGACUGUUUGCAAGAAGAAUUUGGGCCGUUUGACGCGUCUGUAUUUGAAAGCGGAGCAGGAGCGACAGCAUAACUACCUCAAGGAUGGACCCUAUAUAUCGCCCGAGGAGGCGGUGGCCAUAUAUACCACAACAGUGCAUUGGCUGGAGUCACGUCGCUUUGCACCGAUACCCUUUCCGCCGCUCUCCUACAAGCAUGACACCAAGCUGCUGAUUUUGGCUUUGGAGCGUCUGAAGGAGGCAUACAGCGUCAAGUCGCGUUUGAACCAAAGCCAGCGCGAGGAGCUGGGUCUGAUUGAACAGGCCUACGACAAUCCGCACGAGGCGUUGUCCCGUAUCAAGCGUCAUCUGCUGACGCAACGCGCCUUUAAGGAGGUGGGCAUUGAGUUCAUGGACUUGUAUAGCCAUCUAAUACCCGUCUACGAAGUGGAGCCACUGGAGAAGAUCACAGAUGCCUAUCUGGAUCAGUAUCUGUGGUAUGAGGCAGACAAGCGACGUCUGUUUCCGCCAUGGAUCAAGCCCAGCGACACGGAACCACCGCCGCUUUUGGCCUACAAGUGGUGUCAAGGCAUCAACAAUCUGCAAGAUGUCUGGGACGUGGGUGAGGGCGAAUGCAAUGUGCUGCUCGAGUCGCGCUUUGAGAAGCUCUACGAGAAAAUUGAUCUGACUCUGCUCAAUCGUCUGCUGCGUCUCAUUGUGGAUCACAACAUUGCCGAUUACAUGACGGCCAAGAAUAACGUGGUCAUUAACUACAAGGACAUGAAUCAUACCAACAGCUACGGCAUUAUCCGUGGUCUGCAGUUCUCUUCCUUUAUAACACAAUACUAUGGACUUGUUUUGGAUCUGUUGGUGCUGGGCCUGCACCGCUCCAGCGAAAUGGCUGGGCCACCGCAAAUGCCCAACGAUUUCCUAACAUUCCAGGAUGCUGUCACGGAAAUAGCGCAUCCCAUUAGGCUCUACUGUCGCUAUGUGGAUCGCAUUCAUUUGUUCUUUAGAUUUUCGGCUGAGGAGGCGCGCGAUCUUAUCCAGCGUUACCUGACCGAGCAUCCGGAUCCGAAUAAUGAGAACAUUGUGGGCUAUAAUAACAAAAAGUGCUGGCCACGCGAUGCACGCAUGCGUCUGAUGAAGCACGACGUUAAUCUUGGUCGCGCUGUCUUUUGGGACAUCAAGAAUCGUUUGCCCCGCUCCGUGACCACCAUUGGCUGGGAAAGCACAUUUGUUUCGGUCUAUUCCAAGGAUAAUCCCAAUUUGCUGUUCAACAUGAGUGGCUUCGAGUGUCGCAUUUUACCCAAGUGUCGCACACAAAACGAGGAGUUCACGCAUCGCGAUGGCGUCUGGAAUUUGCAGAAUGAAAUAACCAAGGAGCGCACAGCUCAGUGUUUCCUGCGCGUGGAUGAUGAGUCUUUGGGACGUUUCCACAAUCGCGUGCGACAGAUUUUAAUGGCCUCCGGCUCCACCACAUUCACUAAGAUUGUCAACAAAUGGAACACCGCUCUAAUUGGUCUGAUGACCUAUUUCCGCGAGGCUGUGGUCAAUACACAGGAGCUGCUCGAUUUGUUGGUCAAGUGCGAAAACAAAAUACAGACACGUAUCAAGAUUGGCUUGAACUCCAAAAUGCCUUCGCGUUUCCCGCCCGUGGUGUUUUACACGCCCAAAGAGCUGGGCGGCUUGGGAAUGUUGAGCAUGGGUCAUGUCCUGAUACCACAAUCAGAUCUGCGCUGGUCCAAGCAAACCGAUGUGGGCAUCACGCAUUUCCGCUCCGGCAUGUCGCAUGACGAGGAUCAGCUUAUACCAAAUCUGUAUCGCUAUAUACAGCCGUGGGAGAGUGAAUUUAUAGACUCGCAGCGUGUUUGGGCAGAGUAUGCACUGAAGCGCCAAGAGGCGAAUGCGCAGAAUCGUCGUCUUACGCUGGAAGAUCUGGAGGACAGUUGGGAUCGUGGUAUACCGCGUAUCAAUACGCUCUUCCAGAAGGAUCGGCAUACCCUGGCCUAUGACAAGGGCUGGCGCAUACGCACAGAAUUCAAGCAGUAUCAGGUGCUCAAGCAGAAUCCAUUCUGGUGGACACAUCAGCGACACGAUGGCAAACUCUGGAAUCUGAACAACUAUCGCACGGACAUGAUACAGGCAUUGGGCGGCGUAGAGGGCAUUCUAGAGCAUACCUUAUUCAAGGGCACAUACUUCCCAACCUGGGAGGGUCUGUUCUGGGAGAAGGCAUCCGGCUUUGAGGAGUCCAUGAAGUACAAGAAGCUGACAAAUGCUCAGCGCUCUGGUCUAAAUCAGAUACCCAAUCGUCGCUUUACGCUCUGGUGGUCACCGACAAUCAAUCGCGCUAAUGUAUACGUGGGUUUCCAGGUGCAGCUAGAUCUGACGGGUAUUUUCAUGCACGGCAAAAUUCCCACACUGAAAAUCUCCUUGAUUCAAAUCUUUCGCGCUCACUUGUGGCAGAAGAUACACGAGUCCAUUGUGAUGGAUUUGUGUCAGGUGUUUGAUCAGGAGCUAGACGCCCUAGAGAUUGAGACGGUGCAAAAGGAGACCAUACAUCCCCGCAAGUCAUACAAGAUGAACUCCUCCUGUGCGGAUAUUCUGCUCUUCCCCGCCUACAAGUGGAAUGUGUCGCGUCCGUCGCUGCUGGCCGAUACGAAGGACACCAUGGACAAUACAACGACGCAAAAGUAUUGGCUGGAUAUACAGCUGCGUUGGGGCGACUACGAUUCGCACGAUGUGGAGCGUUACGCUAGGGCCAAGUUCCUGGACUACACCACGGACAAUAUGUCCAUUUAUCCAUCGCCCACGGGCGUGCUCAUUGCCAUCGAUUUGGCCUACAAUUUGCAUUCGGCCUAUGGCAAUUGGUUCCCUGGCUGCAAAACGCUGAUACAACAGGCCAUGGCCAAGAUCAUGAAGGCCAAUCCGGCGCUUUAUGUGCUGCGCGAGCGCAUACGCAAGGCGUUGCAGCUGUACUCCUCGGAGCCCACGGAACCGUACCUCAGUUCCCAAAAUUAUGGUGAACUCUUCUCGAAUCAAAUCAUUUGGUUUGUGGACGACACAAAUGUGUAUCGCGUGACCAUCCACAAGACUUUUGAGGGCAAUCUGACAACGAAACCGAUUAACGGCGCCAUCUUCAUAUUUAAUCCACGCACUGGACAGCUAUUCCUCAAGAUUAUACACACCUCGGUGUGGGCGGGUCAGAAGCGUUUGGGUCAGUUGGCCAAAUGGAAGACGGCCGAGGAAGUUGCGGCACUUAUUCGUUCGCUGCCCGUCGAGGAGCAGCCGAAACAGAUUAUUGUCACGCGCAAGGGCAUGUUGGAUCCGCUUGAGGUGCAUUUGCUGGACUUUCCCAAUAUUGUUAUCAAGGGCUCGGAGCUGCAGCUGCCCUUCCAGGCCUGCCUCAAGGUGGAGAAGUUUGGUGAUCUGAUUCUUAAGGCCACCGAACCUCAAAUGGUGCUGUUCAAUCUGUACGACGACUGGCUAAAGACCAUAUCAUCCUAUACGGCAUUCAGUCGUCUCAUACUGAUCCUGCGCGCCCUGCAUGUCAACACGGAGCGCACCAAGAUCAUACUCAAGCCGGACAAGACGACCAUAACGGAGGCGCAUCACAUUUGGCCGACGUUAACGGACGAGGAAUGGAUCAAGGUGGAGGUGCAGCUGAAGGAUCUCAUUUUAGCCGAUUACGGCAAGAAGAACAAUGUGAAUGUUGCCUCGCUGACACAGUCCGAGAUCCGUGACAUUAUACUGGGCAUGGAGAUCAGCGCGCCGUCCGCGCAGCGUCAACAAAUUGCCGAGAUUGAGAAGCAGACCAAGGAACAGAAUCAAUUGACGGCGACAACAACGCGCACCACGAACAAACAUGGCGAUGAGAUAAUCACCUCGACGACGUCCAACUAUGAGACACAGACGUUCAGCUCGAAGACCGAGUGGCGUGUGCGUGCCAUAUCCGCAACGAAUCUGCAUUUGCGCACGAAUCACAUCUAUGUUAGCUCCGAUGACAUCAAGGAGACGGGCUACACCUACAUUCUGCCCAAGAAUAUACUGAAAAAGUUCGUGACCAUAUCCGAUCUGCGUGCACAGAUCGCUGGCUAUUUGUAUGGCGUGAGUCCGCCGGACAAUCCGCAGGUGAAGGAGAUACGUUGCAUUGUGAUGCCGCCACAGUGGGGCACGCAUCAGACGAUCAAUUUGCCAAAUGCUUUGCCCACGCAUCAGUAUCUCAAGGAUAUGGAGCCGCUCGGCUGGAUACACACACAGCCGAAUGAGCUGCCGCAGCUGUCGCCGCAGGAUAUAACCACGCAUGCCAAGAUCAUGCAGGAGAACUCGAAUUGGGAUGGCGAAAAGACAAUUGUUAUUACCUGUUCCUUUACGCCCGGCUCCUGCUCUUUGACCGCCUACAAAUUGACGCCAUCCGGCUUUGAAUGGGGCUCCAAGAAUACGGACAAGGGCAACAACCCGAAGGGCUAUCUGCCGUCACACUAUGAACGCGUCCAAAUGCUGCUGUCCAACAAGUUCCUUGGCUUCUUCAUGGUGCCGGCGCAGAGCAGUUGGAACUAUAAUUUUAUGGGCGUGCGACACGAUCCCAACAUGAAAUACGAACUGCAAUUGGCCAAUCCAAAGGAAUUCUAUCACGAACUGCAUCGCACAUCGCAUUUCCUGCUCUUCUCAAAUCUCGAGGAUGGCGGCGAUGGCGCCGGCGCCGAUCGUGAGGAUGUUUAUGCUUAAAAAAAAAACCCUGUACAAUUUCUGCUUCAAGGCGAUAUGUUAAGUGCGUACAAACAAUUUUUAUAAACCUGUAUGUGAGUGUCCUACUAAAAGAAAAGCCUUCAAUUAAUUUCCACAUUAA